AGCAUCGAUUGUUUCUGGUGGGGCAGAAUUGUCAAAGUAGAGUAUUUGUGUUUUGGGUUUGUCGGGGGAGCGGGACCGAGAAGGCGCGACGCAGAACAUUCAACGCAGCGUUCACAGGGUGGCAAACUGUAAAUAGAGCGAGCGAAGGAGUUCCAGCGUUCUAUGCUGCUUUUCGACCGUGCUGGAAAAAUCCUCACAAGUUUGUUGUUGCGUCUUGUGCGUUGUACCUGUCCCGUGCACUGGGCCGUGUGGUUUCGUUCGUGUUUUGCGCGGCUUCAUCCGAACAAAACGAAGGAAAAGUGCGUUUUCGGCCCCAGCCUACACACGCACGAAUUUUCGGACACUCGGCCAUCCCCACACCCAUAUGCGCGUACACACACACACAUGCAGUAGAUAUCAAACGCCAGAAUGGUGGUAAUGUAAAACGGCCAGCAGCAGCAUAGGCAGCCCACGGUUGUGUCGCGCGCUGAGUGAUAGCGAGGGAAAAGUUAAGCUUAGCAGUUCUCGGUUCGCCAAUGUAACGCAAAAACCCACUCGAAAACGCAGUUCGUCCGCAAACUAAACAUCGAAUUUUUUGCUAAUUUAUCCAUCGGAUCCGCCGCCGCUAGAGAAAGAGAGAGAGAGCAGCAGAAAAAUACAGCAUUGUGAUGGUGUUGUCGUCGUUGUACAAAUGUUGUUGAUAGUGCGAGAGUACAGUAAAACGCGGCCAGAUUCGCGAUUGUUGCCAGUUUGAAGCGAUAGCAAAGUUCUUGUUAGAGUUAUUAUACAUAUUAUAUACACACACCAUAUAUACAUAUAUCUGCAUAUAUAUAUACACACACACACACGAACACACAAAACACGCACCGUACGGCCCCCGCUAGUUUGUGCCCCACACACUGUGUUGUGCAUCGGUUGUCUUGCAUUGAGAGUGGUUUUUUUGUUAGUGGUGUUUGGUGUUUGGUCUGGUGGGGCGAAACAAGCAACAGCAACCUCCUCUUAGUAGUAAUAUCCAACGAACGAACGAACGAACGAACCAAGCAACAAAUCCACCAAGAUGGGCGAAAUGGAUAGGAAUAACAAGAAAAUUUUACAAAACAUCAAAAUGCCCGAGCAAAGCAAUGAUUACCGAGUGGUGGUGUUCGGGGCCGGAGGUGUUGGUAAAAGCUCGCUGGUGCUGCGAUUUAUCAAGGGAACAUUCCGCGAAAGCUACAUUCCCACCAUCGAGGACACGUAUCGGCAGGUGAUAAGCUGCAAUAAAAACAUAUGCACACUGCAAAUCACCGACACGACGGGUUCGCAUCAGUUCCCGGCAAUGCAGCGGCUGUCCAUCACCAAGGGUCACGCAUUCAUACUGGUGUACUCGGUCUGCUCCAAACAGAGUCUCGAGGAGCUCCGGCCAAUUUGGAGUUUAAUUCGAGAGCUGAAGGGUGAAGAAAUAUCCCAGAUACCUGUUAUGUUGGUCGGCAACAAAUGUGAUGAAAGUGAAGACUUACGCGAGGUGACCAACAUCGAGGGUCAGACGGAAGCCGCAACCUGGGGAGUAUCGUUCAUGGAAACGUCUGCCAAAGAAAACCACAAUGUUACCGAACUGUUUCAGGAACUACUCAACAUGGAAAAGAAUCGCAACGUAUCACUGCAGCUGGACGGGAAGAACAAGAAGAAAAACAAGAAGAAAAUGAUGAAAGAGCAGGCGAAGGAGGAAAAGCUGCUGAAGGAAAAGAAGGAAAAGCAGCUGCAGCGCGAGAAGGAAAAGGGGAAGGAAAAGGACAAAGACAAAGAGAAGCAGUCGAAGGAGAAAGAGAAGGGCAAGGAGGGAAAGGAGAAGGCCGCUGCCGGAAAUGGUCAGCCAGCGCCGGCGGGCGAAGGAAGCGGCACGCUGAAGGAGAAGUGCAAGGUGAUGUGAAAACCUGGCAUCGAACCACCAAACCUGACCGAUCGCGCUCGGAUCGACGACCAUUACGAUGAUGACACACGCACGCUUACUCAACGCAUGAUCAAGGGCGGACGAAUCCGCCGACUCGAAAUUCGUUACAUUAUUGAUAUUAUAUGAGGAACCUGGCUGCAGCAAAUGGCGCCGGACAUCCAUCGAACUACAUACACAGCAACACACUCGCGCACAUAUGCAAACGCACACACACAAACACAUACACACAAUCAACACAGGACUCAGAUAGAAAGGCCGGGAGGAUAAUAAUAUACUGUUCUGUCCCGUCCGAGGCAGGGACAGAAGGAUCUGUACAUAUGCUGCAGUGGAGCCGGAUCGAGGACCGAUCUGCAAGGGCGCGUUCCGGCACCAUAUGGCCAACAGGACGAAGGACGAAGGCAGCAGAAUAGCAAUCGAGUUCGUGUCCGUUUUUUGCGCGAACCAAUCGCCCGUAUUUAAGCUUCUGCGGUGCGGAAGCGCUUACAUUCCCCACUAACACACUUAUUUGAAAAUUUAAAACGUAUCGCGCGUAUCGCAACAAGCAAUCGACAUGAUAGGGUGGUGAGGAAGGGGGGGAUGGGAAAAGAGGGCUGAUGGGGGUGGAAAGAUGGACAAACGAAGAAAGAAAAGCCUGGCAUGAUAAGCAUGGUUCGGGAAUAGAAAUUCCUUACGACAGCAUUCAUAUAUACAAGAACAAAAUACCAAUUCUCUUAGCUAUAUCUCUUAGCUUACCAAAUAAUAGACACAAACACUUACACACACACAAACACACACUCAGUAACACACACACACUCACACGAAUCGAAUAGACGCUUAACUGAAGUGCACUAGAUAUAAAAAAGGAAAAACAAAGCAACCGUAGGAAAAUUAACAAUAACAAUGAUUAUAUUUUGCUUCAAAUAUAACAAAUAAUAAAUCGUUGAGAUAAUCACUAGUGUGUGAGACCGUUACUAAGA